AUUACCGUCCACCGCGUGUUCCUCACCCAGCAUGAACAGGACAUCAACUAUCCUCACCAUCGCUGGAGUAUCCGUUCUUGGGGGUGUUCUCGCAUACGCCGUUUAUUUCGAUUAUAAACGCCGGAACGAUGUUGCUUUCCGCAAAAAACUUCGGAAAGACAAAAAGAAGGUCGACAAGACCGUAGCGCAAAAUGUCGCAGCCUCGCAAGAGGCAGAGGCGGUCUCUGAAGCAGACAUCCGUGCUGCUCUGGAGAAAGUGAGGAGCGAGGUUGUCCCUCCAUCACCCACAGAGAAGGAGGCGUAUUUCAUGACCCAGGUCAACUUGGGAGAGCAGCUCUGCACUCAAGGCCCCCAAUUCAGCCUUCCCGCUGCUAUGUGCUUUUACCGUGCUCUUCGGGUCUACCCCUCCCCUGUCGAACUCCUCGUCAUCUACGAGAAGACUAUGCCGGAACCUGUCUUCAAACUUGUUAUGCUUAUGACCAACAUGGACGUUAAGAACCGCGUAGAAGGUUAUUACGACGAGUUCCCUCCGAAAGACAUGAACGUCUCGGUGAAAGCUGUCGAUGUCCCGGAUGGCAAGGGCGGUGAAAUGCGCAAAAGAAUCUUGGUGGUGACUAAAGACUUCAACGCUGGAGAUUUGAUUUACAAGGAACAACCCGUGGUCGCGGUUCUCGACGCUGAUCUUGAAGGCAAAGGCUCAUACUGCUCCCACUGUCUCCGUAAAAUCGAGGACGACAUUGUCUAUCGCAUCGAGAACGACCUCUACAAAUCCGGGUACUGCUCAAAAGAAUGCCAAACGAAAUCAAAGUCUCUCUCCCAGAAUCUCCUCUUCGGCACCGACUCUGCUCUUCCAGCUGAGCUCUCUACCGAGAUGCCUGGCGAUUUCACAGCUGCUAGGAGAGAAGCACAGACCGAGUUCGCCAAGUAUGUCAAAGACCAGGACAAGUCAGUACCCAUGCUCGUUGCUAGGUUCAUUGCACGUCAGAUCUCUGAGGAGACAGCGAAAAUGGUCCCAGGCUCAGCUGCGUCGGAGGCGGUUCACUCGGAUUAUUCACUUUACGAUCACUUGGAGAGGCUCCGCUACCUCGAAGUAGAAGCCCCGGCACAGGAAACAAAACUCCUCCGUAGCGUCUUCCAGACUGCCCUUCCAGGUCUGGAGGCUUUCAUCACGGACGAACGCCAUGCGACGCUCAAGGGUAAGAUGGCCUACAACGCGUACGGUGUUGUCUACAACGGAGGUCGUGAUGAUAGGCCCGAGGUGAGUGAAAGACCAGAGGAUGCCGAGAAGACGCGCACGCCCUAUGGCACCCAACGUCAAGUCGGUUCUGGCCUUUACUCCGUCUCCGCCUACAUCUGCCACAGCUGUGACCCGUCCGCCAUACCUGUUUUCAAGAACGCUGACUCCGAGCUCUACCUCAUCGCCACCCGCGAUCUCAAAGCAGGCGAUGAAAUCACCGUCUCCUUCGUCGACUCAUCCGUGCAUGAAGGCGAAUCCGCCGCGGACGCUAGACGCCGUCGUCGGUUUGAACUGGCGAGGGGCUGGAGGUUCCCUUGUCCCUGUGAGAGGUGUGUCAAGGAGGGUACGGGUGCCGCGGAAGAAGGGCCGACGCUGGAUGGGUCGAAGGUUGAUGAUGCGCAGAGGAGGAUGGACGAGAAAGAGAUGGGUGGUGCCGACCCUUAAGCGUCGUGGUGCGGUUGGGCGAGUACAGAGGAAGGGUCACCUAGAGAGCGUCAUUUUAUGGUUUAUUCCGACGUUCCUCCAACAGUGCAUGCUCGUUCGUAGCACACUAAACAUCUCACACCAUAGUGCGCUCAGUCGCUGUAGAUACAGAGUAAGAAAUUGCUCGGCUCGUUCGCAUUUACAAUAUUGUCUCAUAAUGACAAACACACUCCCAUCACAUCUCUCACACAUCUCGCUCUCGUAUAUAGCUUUGUUCUCCGUUAGUUCGUUAUGACAGCAUCCCAAUUGUUGCUUCCUCCUAUUUCUUUC